AAGGACCCGUAACACGACAGUAACUCCGAGGACUUGAGGUGGUUCACAUGCGGUCGAACAUUCGGCUACGAUCCUUCGUAGCCCUCGCCUGCUUGGCGGUGUCGGUCGCCAAAGCGCAAAAUGAGUAUCUAGAAACACAAGAUCCAGAAUACCAUAAAAAAGAAGAUACUACUUAUUCCGGCAGACAUGAUACCAAUUAUUACAACAGACAAAAUGCAAACCACAAUGAUGAACAAGAUUCUAACUAUUAUAAAAGACAAGGUCAUAACUUCAAUGAAAGAACAAAGUCUUAUUACGGAAGAAAAGACACUUACCAUGGUGGAGAAGAUUCUAGCUACCUAGAAAGAAAAGAUCCAACCUACCGCAAUGGAGAAGGUCGUGUCUAUGAAGGAAGACAGGAUCACAGAUACAAUAGUGGGGAUGAUUAUAAUUAUGAAGGAAAACAAGAUCCCGAAUACAAAAAUGGAGAAGAUCAUAAUUUUGGAGGAAGUCAAGAUCCCUAUUACAAUCGGGGAGAAGAUACAAAUUAUGAAAGAAGACAAGAUCCUAGUUACCAUGGCGGAGAAAAUUAUACAGGAAGCGAUCCUAGUUACCAUGGUGGGGCUGAUUCUAAUCAUGAAGGUAGACAAGAUCCUAAUUACAACGGUGAAGAAGAUUAUAAUUAUGGAGAAAGACAAGAUUCUAGUUAUCACGGUAGAAGCGAUUCAGAUUAUGCAGGAAGACAAGAUCCUAAUUCCCAUGGUAGAGGGGAAUCAGAUUAUGCAGGAAGAAGAGAUCACAAUUUACAUGGUCGAGUAGAUACAGAUUAUGCAGGACGACAAGAUCCUAAUACACAAGGUGGAGGGGAUGCAGACUAUGCAGGAAGAAGAGAUCACAAUUUACAUGGUCGAGUAGAUACAGAUUAUGCAGGAAGACAAGAUCCUAAUACGCAUGGUGGAGGGGAUGCAGACUAUGCAGGAAGAAGGGAUCACAAUUUACAUGGUAGAGUAGAUACAGAUUAUGCAGGAAGACAAGAUCCUAAUACGCAUGGUGGAGGGGAUUCAGACUAUGCAGGAAGAAGAGAUCACAAUUUACAUGGUCGAGUAGAUGCAGAUUAUGCAGGAAGACAAGAUCCCAAUUUGCAUGGUAGAGUUGAUACGGAUUAUGCUGGAAGGCAAGAUGGAGAUGGGCAAGAUCAAGUUUCUCAUGGAAGGCCGGAUUCUAGAUUUGAUUCAAGACAAGAUCCUGCAUACAGCCAAAAUGAAGUACCAGAAGACAAUAGUACCCCAGGGGUUAGUAGCAGAAAAGCAUAUGUACACAAAAAUUUUGCUGUUUAUCAACAUCCUUCAUACCCUGGUGAUGAAACAGGAUGUGCUACAAAAUGUUUUGCAGAAAAAGGCCAACAGGGUCCUCCAGGGUAUCCUGGGCCACCAGGUCCCCCUGGACACAAAGGAUUCCCAGGAGUAGAAGGUGUGCCUGGCUCUGAUGGGGAAAAAGGUGAACCAGGACAAAGAGGGUACAGAGGACAGAAAGGAGAUGAGGGAAAAAUGGGCUCGCCAGGUUUUCCAGGGAAAAAUGGCAUACCUGGGCUACCUGGUGAAGUAGGAGAACCUGGUAUUCCUGGAAAAGACGGAUGCAAUGGGACAGAUGGUGACCGUGGGGACCAUGGACCACAAGGUCCAAUGGGACCAAGAGGAUAUGAAGGGCCAAAAGGAGAAAAGGGUAUUAAAGGAGAGCCUGCUUCUUUAGGAAGAUACCUCAAAGGUGAAAAAGGAGAACCUGGGUAUACAGGAAGUGAUGGCUUGCGAGGUCCUCAUGGAAAUGAUGGUCCAUCAGGUCCAAGGGGUCCAAAAGGAGACCGAGGAGCAUUGGGGGAUAAAGGAAAUCAAGGUCCAAGGGGACACCCAGGUCCAUCAGGCAUUGGGAAAGAAGGAGAUAAAGGUGAGCCAGGGCCGCCAGGGCCAAGAGGCCCUCCGGGUCCUCCAGCCACUUCACCGCAAAUAGGGGGAAAUGUGACAACAGUUGGUCCAAAAGGAGACAGGGGUGAAAAGGGUGAAAGGGGUCGUAAAGGAUUCACUGGUGACCGAGGAGAUCCUGGGCCUGCAGGACAACCAGGUGCACAAGGUCCACCAGGAAUGAAAGGAGAAAAAGGUCUGCCUGGGCCUCAUGGCAUGAGAGGAAGAGAUGGAAGUAUGGGCCCACAAGGUCUUAUGGGCCCGAAGGGAGAUAGGGGUUAUGAUGGUCUGAAAGGAUUACCUGGAAAACCAGGUGACAAAGGAGAGCAAGGACAAGAUGGAAGACCAGGAGAACGGGGUUUGCCUGGCCCAGCAGGUUUACCAGGGGGAGGGAAAGGAACACCAGGGCCUCCAGGGUUGAGAGGUCCAAGAGGAUACACAGGACCAGCGGGACUUCCAGGUGAUAAAGGUUUAGACGGACCACCGGGAGAUAGAGGACCUGAAGGACCAGAAGGUAACAUGGGCAUGCCAGGUAAUCCUGGUGAUAAAGGAGAACCUGGAGAUGUAGGUCAAAAAGGAGAUACGGGUGAACCAGGCCCACCUGGAUAUACUGGUCCAAAAGGUUUUACUGGACCACAAGGAUUGACAGGGCCUCCUGGAAGACCUGGAGAAAAAGGACUUUCACUUGUUGGACCUCCUGGAAAUGAUGGAACUCCUGGAAGACAUGGUGAAAAGGGUUCUAAAGGGGAAAAAGGAUAUCCAGGUCCAAGAGGUGCUCCUGGAGAUUCAGAAAAAGGAAUUCCUGGUCCUCCUGGAGUGAAAGGAGAGGCAGGUUUGAGAGGCCACAAAGGAGAACCAGGAUUGCCUGGUAGACAAGGAUAUCCUGGAGAAAAGGGAGACAAAGGAGGAGAAUGUUCUAGUUGUUUUCCUGGAGCCAGAGGAGACAAAGGAGAACCGGGUAUUCCAGGCACUUCAGGUUUACCAGGGAAAAAAGGAGCUCCAGGUCCACAAGGAGAACAAGGUCAGCAAGGGCCAUUCGGAAAUUAUGGUGAUCCAGGACCACAAGGACCUUCUGGUGAUCCUGGACCAAAAGGAGAGAAAGGUGAACCUGGAUUGAAGGGGGAUUCUUUUGUAAUCGGUGACGAUUGGAAAAUAACAUUAAAGGGCGACAGAGGACCAAGAGGUGUUCCAGGUGAUAAAGGUGAUCAAGGUCCACCGGGUCCUCCUGGACGUCAAGGCUAUCCAGGCAGUAAAGGGUUUACUGGCAUAAAGGGAAACAAGGGAGAACGAGGCUUCAAUGGCCAACCUGGAGAUAGAGGUGAAGAUGGAGCCAAAGGUGAUAAAGGACUACCCGGGUUUAGCAUGAAAGGUGAAAAAGGAUCUUUGGGACUGCCUGGAGAUUUUGGAUCACCUGGAGAUCGAGGGUAUCCUGGACAGAAAGGAGAACCAGGCAAAUGCCCAGUGCCAUCUGAGUUUAUGUUAUCUGGCGAAAAAGGUAAUACAGGUCCGGUUGGUCCCGAUGGCCCAAAAGGUGAUAAAGGAGACAAAGGUGAAGAGGGACUACCUGGAAGACAAGGCAAUCCAGGGCCUAAAGGAGAUCAUGGAUCACCUGGCCCUCAAGGUCCACGAGGUCCAGUAGGGCCAAUAGGGGACAAAGGUGAACCUGGAAAAAUGGGUUUCCCUGGAGAUGUUGGAAGUACAGGACCUCCAGGACUCGAAGGCUCAGUAGGAACAAAAGGAGACAAAGGAGAACCAGGAGUGGCAACUGUAGGGCCACCAGGUCAACAAGGUUUCAGAGGAGAGGCAGGAGAAAAAGGCCUUCCUGGUCCUCCAGGAAAAACUGGUCCUAAAGGAGAAUCAGGAAGACACGGAGUCAAUGGUCAGAAAGGUGAAAUUGGAGUACCAGGGCAACCUGGUUUACAAGGUCUACCAGGUCCAAAAGGAGAUCCUGGUCCACAUGGAUUACCAGGAAUCAAAGGGGAACCUGGACCUCCUGGAUUAAAUGGGGAAAAAGGACAACAAGGGCCUCCAGGCUAUAUGGGCGCCAAAGGUGAUAUAGGUUUACCAGGUCCUAAAGGAUUUAAAGGAUAUCCAGGUCCAAAAGGUGACAAAGGAUUUGUUGGUCAACAAGGCCCAGCAGGCUUGCCGGGAGAAAAUGGGAAAGCUGGGUUCCCUGGGCGCAAGGGAGAAAAGGGAGAAGUAGGUAUGCGAGGCUUCCAAGGUGCACGUGGACCAAAAGGCCUGCCUGGGGAUUUGGGCCCACUUGGUCCUCCAGGACCAAAAGGAGACUUGGGACUCAGAGGUUUUCGAGGAGAACCUGGACCACAAGGUCUUAAAGGAGUACAGGGACCUCCAGGAUUGCCUGGAGAGAAAGGAUCACAAGGACCAGUUUCUGCUAAAGGGGAACGAGGUUUUCCUGGACAGUUAGGUGAAAAAGGAGACAAAGGAGAACCUGGCUUAAAUGGAACACCCGGAGUAAAAGGAGAGCCUGGUCUUCCUGGCAUUGGCAAACUCGGCCCAAUAGGGGCUAAAGGAGAGCCUGGAAGGCACGGUAUACCUGGAGGCCGAGGUGACAAAGGUGACAAAGGAGAGCCUGGCCCUCAUGGAUAUGAUGGAGCACCAGGAUUGAAAGGUGACCGUGGAAUACAAGGACCACCAGGGCCUCCAGGCAUGCCUGGUUUGCCAGGUGAACCAGGAAUGAAGGGUCCAGUUGGACCAGGAGGUUUUAAAGGUGACAAAGGUUUUAUGGGACCUAAAGGACAGAGUGGACACCAUGGAUCCAAAGGAGAAAGAGGGCCUAAAGGAAAUCAGGGUUACCUCGGACCUAAAGGAAGUCCCGGUGAAAAGGGUCUUCCAGGGCCUCCAGGUCCCAUGGUAGAAUUAAAAGGAGAUAAAGGUGAUCCAGGCAGUCCAGGUUUCCCAGGUCCGAAAGGAGAUAAAGGUGACGACGGCCUCCCCGGAAAAGUUGGGCCAAUGGGUCCACAAGGAAGAAUUGGCAACCCGGGAUUACCAGGAGCACAAGGAUUUCCAGGAGAAAGAGGAUUAAAGGGUGAUCGUGGAUUAACCGGACCACCAGGUUUGUCCAACGGUGUGGUAAAGGGUGAGAAAGGUCUUCCAGGUACUCCAGGAAGACCUGGGAGACAAGGUGACCAAGGAUUCCCUGGAGAAAAGGGAGAUAAAGGGUUAAAAGGACUGAGAGGACUUAAAGGUGAACCUGGGCCCAAUGGGUACCCAGGCCCAAAAGGAGAUAAAGGUGAUAAAGGAGACGCUGGAAUGAAAGGCCAUGAAGGACCUCCUGGAAGACCUGGGGCCCAUGGAAGGCCUGGUGAGAAAGGAGAACUGGGAGAAAAAGGAGACAAAGGAAAAGAUGCUAUAUCCUUUGGCCCUGGACCUAAAGGAGAUAAAGGUUUUAAAGGUAACCAAGGACCACCUGGACCAUUUGGAGUUAAGGGAGAUAAAGGUAACGCUGGGUUGAAAGGAGAACGAGGAUUCCCAGGUAGUGCAGGUAUACCAGGAGAUAGGGGCUACCCAGGUAUACCCGGAUUAAAUGGUGAGAAUGGUCCACCUGGACAAAAAGGUGAACCUGGAAUUGUCACUAGUGGUCGACCCGGUGAGAAAGGAGAUAAAGGAGAACCUGGCCUCAAUGGAUUAAAUGGUACCCUGGGUUUUAAGGGAGACCGAGGUGCAAAAGGAGAUAAAGGGUUAAGAGGUGAAAAGGGUGAGAUGGGAUUAACAGGUGACCACGGUUAUGUUGGUCUUAAAGGAGAUAUUGGGCCCACUGGUUUUAAGGGAGAUACAGGACCUAUGGGACCACCUGGACUCCCAGGACCUGCCGGACUUCCUUGUGAACAUGAUGUCGAAUACACCGGACAAGUGUUGGUUAAGCACAGUCAAAGAGAUGAAGUGCCACAAUGUCCUAAAGGCCUUACUGCAAUGUGGGAUGGGUACAGUCUUUUGUACUUAGAUGGAAAUGAAAGAGGACAUUCACAAGAUCUUGGAACUGCUGGAUCUUGCGUAAGAAAAUUCUCAGUAAUGCCGUUCUUGUUCUGUGACACAAAGAAUACUUGCAACUAUGCAAAUAGAAAUGGCAAAUCUUACUGGCUAACUACAAAUGAGCCGUUACCAAUGAUGUCUGUGGAAGAUCGAGCCAUUUCAAAAUACAUAUCACGAUGUGUUGUUUGUGAAACACCAUCAAGUGUUAUGGCAUUCCAUAGCCAGUCAGCCAGUGUGCCACCUUGUCCAUAUGGUUGGAGUUCCCUGUGGAUAGGAUACAGUUUUGCAAUGCAUACUGGAGCCGGAUCAGAAGGAGGUGGACAAGAACUUGCUAGUCCAGGAUCAUGCCUGGAAGAAUUCAGAACCACACCAUUCAUUGAAUGCAAUGGUGGAAAAGGAACAUGUUUCAUAUUCAAUAAUUUGCUCAGUUUCUGGUUAGCAUCAGUACCAGAAAAUGAACAAUUUAAAUCUCCUACCCGAGACACUCUUAAAGCAGGAGACUACAAAGGAAAGAUCAGCAGAUGCCAAGUGUGCAUUAAAAACUACUAGUCUUUAAAAUUGAACUCUGUCAACACAAAGUUAAGAAUUCUUAAGAGUUCCAGUGUCAUAUUAAAUUCUGGGUCCUUUAAAGCCUAAACCGAAACAUCAGAUUUGUUUCGGACUAUCAAUAGCCAUAAUUUUCAAUAUCUAACCUGUACGUGUAAAAAUCACUUAUUUCACUGCCAUUGUACAGUUUAAAUUAGAACAAUUAUAAUGAAUAUGAUGUAUUAAGUUGUGUUCAUGUAAGAAAUAACUUAGUUUAUGUGAUUCGAGUGUAUGUUUUUAAAAGAAAGCUUUAUUUUAUUUUAAUUUUUUCUUUUUUUUCUUUUUUUUUGUUAACGUUUAACGUAAAAAGAUAGUCACUUGUACUUUAUCUAUUGUAAAUAAAUAGAAAAAUAUUUUACAUCGUUAUAA